GCGUGUGUAACGGCGAUCGGGCGGACCUCCACCGGUAUUAUAAUAUUGUAUCAUUCCACUGCUGCCGAUCGCGACGAUCAUCGCACGACCACGUCUAAGUCUCUGUAUCAACAGUAAGCCAGAUCCAAAUUAACUGAAAUAAAAAUGAAAUCCAUCGCAGCCGUGGUCUGUACUCUUCUUCUAGUCUCUACAAUAGUAUCAGCUGCUCCAUCUUACAUGGACUACGAGAAUGCCAAAGAUCUGUACGAACUUUUGUUGCAAAGGGAUCUAAUAGAUUCCAUGGGAAACUCUUUGAUCGAUCCCAAUCAACAUCGCAUGGUCCGCAAAAACCAGAGGUCUCCGUCGCUGAGGUUAAGGUUCGGACGCCGAAGCGAUCCGGCGCUCUAUCAGAACGCCUUGAAUGCAGAGUACCACAACGAUUCCGAUGUGAACUAAAUGCGUCCUUCAUCAGAAGUUAUAUAUUAUACUCUUCUUAUUUAAAAUCAUUCGCUUCGUUGUAAAACCCUUAAUUUGUUUAUAUUUUACAUCCACACCAGUGCUUCUUUAACCAAAUUGUACUUUAAGUAUACAUUUUAGUGUUUACAGAUUUUUUAGCGUAGUUGAUUGUAUUCCACUUUAGUUCUAAUGUAAAUUUUACAUUCCCGAUAAAAAAUAUAUUUGUUUAUUCCACAAAUUAACAA